AUGGCAGAUGCAGAAGUAGGAAAUCAAACGUCCAUCACUGAAUUUAUCCUCCUGGGCUUUGAAAUUCUUCCAGAGUUACAAAUACUUCUCUUCCUGAUGUUUCUCCUACUCUACAUUGCAACCGUGGCUGGGAAUGUCCUCAUCACUGUACUCAUUAUAGCUGCUCAGCAUCUGCACACCCCCAUGUACUUCUUCUUGGGAAACUUGUCCUGCUUGGACACCUGCUACACCUGCACCCUCCUGCCCAGGAUGCUGGCCAGCUUCCUCACUGGAGACAGAACCAUCUCGUUCUCUGACUGCUUCAUCCAAUUUUUUUUCUCUUGUAUGGUGUUAGCUACAGAAUGUUUUCUCUUAUCCGUGAUGUCUUAUGAUCGGUACUUGGCUGUAUGUAAACCAUUGCAUUAUGCAGCCGUUAUGAGUGACAGAUUUUGUUUCACUCUUGCUGCUGGCUCAUGGAUCAGUGGGUUUAUAGUUGUCUCCAUUGUGUGUCUCUUCUUGUUGCGAUUAACCUUCUGUGGCCCUAAUCAACUUGACCAUUUCUUUUGUGAAUACGUUGCAGUGAUUAAGCUCUCCUGCAGUGACACCUAUGAGGUUGAACUUGUAGUUUUCAGUCUUGCCUUCAUAGCCCUCAUGCCCCCGUUCCUUUUGACUCUCAUGUCCUAUGUCUUCAUUAUCACUACCAUACUGAGAAUCCCUUCCAAUACUAGAAGACAGAAGGCCUUUUCUACCUGCUCUUCUCAUAUUAUUGUGGUGACCAUUUUCUAUGGGACUCUAGCAAUAGUGUAUAUAUUCCCACAAACCAACACCCUUAAAGACCUGAACAAAAUAUUCUCUCUUUCCUACACUGUGCUGACUCCAUUGGCCAACCCUCUCAUUUACAGCCUGAGAAACAAGGAAGUCAAGGAGGCACUAAGAAAAUUUGUUUGUGUGAUGCUGAAUUUGAAGAGAGUGUAA